AUGAGAUCUCGGGAGGAGGUUGAGGAAGGAGAGACGGAGGUAAAGAAACGGAUAAAGUGGGGGGCCGAUGAAGAGACACGGAGAGAGAAGCAUGACGAGAAAGAGACGCGACGCAGCAUUUGUCGUCCCGAAUGGCUGGCUCUGCGGAACUUGCAAUGA